CUCCCAUCUGGCUCAGUUUCAUUCACUCUCCAUUUCUUCUCUCUCCUCUCCCUUAAACUAUUCUCCUCUCCGAUUCUCCUCAUUGUCUCGGAUUCAGGAAAUCGAGACCCUACUCGAUUUGGGAUUAAAGUGAGAGAUAAAAAAACAAAAAAACCAAAAAUAAAAAAAUAAAAAAAAAAAACAAAAAAGAAGAGGGGGAAAAAUGGGGCAGUUGUUUUCAUGUCCAUUGGCAGAUUUUGAAGAUUUGGAUUUCGAUGCUGUUCUUGUUAGAUCCAUUAGCUUCCAAGAUGGGGACAUGAGGAAUCCAUUACGGUCUGUUAGUUUCAAUGGGAGGGACUCAGAGCCAGCCAUACUAAGAUCCUUCGGCUCUCACAGAAUCAGGGUCGAGCGGCCGAUCGCCACGAAACCCAGGGAAUUGGAGACCAUCCUCUCAUUCAAAACUCCACUGGCAGAUAUGGAGAACAGUGAGUUUGGGACAUCAGUUAGUGACCAUUGUAGAAAUGACCAACAGAAUAAUACGACGCCUCGGGUUUACUUGACGCCGAAGCGUUCGGAGGAGGAGCACGAACACAAUCGGGCGGCAUUGAAGCUACAGAAAGUGUACAAGAGCUUUAGGACAAGGAGACAGUUAGCGGAUUGUGCAGUUCUGGUGGAGCAGAGAUGGUGGAAGCUGCUGGAUUUUGCUGAACUCAAGAGAAGUUCAAUAUCGUUCUUUGAUAUUCAAAGACCAGAGACCGCGGUUUCACGGUGGUGCAGGGCCAGAACCAGGGCUGCCAAGGUAGGAAAAGGUUUGUCAAAGGAUGAAAAAGCCAGAAAACUUGCUUUGCAGCACUGGCUCGAGGCAAUCGAUCCUAGACAUCGCUAUGGUCAUAAUCUUCAAUUUUAUUACGUAAAAUGGCUCCAUUGUGAUAGCAAACAGCCUUUCUUCUAUUGGCUUGAUAUAGGAGAAGGGAAAGAGGUGAACAUGGAGAUGUGUCCCAGACAUAAGCUUCACCAACAGUGCAUCAAAUAUCUUGGUCCGAUAGAAAGGAAGGUCUACGAGGUUAAGGUGGAAAAUGGGAAGUUUACUUACAGGUCUAGUGGGGAACUUCUUGACACAACAGGAGGACCCAAAGAUGCUAAAUGGAUCUUUGUAUUGAGCACAUCAAAAAAUUUGUAUGUUGGGCUAAAGAAAAAGGGCACAUUUCAACAUUCAAGUUUCUUGGCUGGUGGAGCCACAUUGGCUGCCGGUAGAUUAGUUGUGGAACAGGGUAUUCUAAAGGCAGUUUGGCCUCACAGUGGGCAUUAUCUUCCUACGGAGGAAAAUUUCCUGGAAUUCAUGGCUUUCCUAAAGGAAAACAGUGUGGAUCUAACCAAUGUUGAGCAAAGCCCAUAUGAAGAAGAAGAAGCUCUCACCAAGAAGGAUAAAUACUCCUGUCAUGAAGAAUAUACUGAAGACGAUACCAGUGGAAUGAACAAGAGAGACACAAUUGACAAGAAUAAUCCUGCAGAGACUACAAAAUCAAGAAUAUCAAGAUUAUCCAGAGGAUUACGCUCAAAGCUUACUAACCUUCAGAUACCAGAAAGAAACAAUGUGUUUGACAUAUUCAAGAAGGAAACACUUCCACCUAGUUGCAGAGUUCGCAUUCCAGAUUCUCCUUCAGACGACGGCUAUGAAACAGCUGAAGAGUCCUUUUUAUCGGAAGAAGUAUUCAUGGUUCCUAAAUCAAACCUAUUUGACGAAGAUGAAGAAGACUAUGAUGACCGACCGAUACCAAAGGAGAAAAUCUUCAGACGUAUUAAUUCCCAUAAAGAAAUGAAAUCAUAUCAGUUGGCAAAACAAUUGUCAAGCAGAUGGACAACUGGAGCUGGACCUCGCAUUGGUUGCAUGAGAGAUUACCCACAAGAGCUUCAGAACAAGGUAUUAGAGCAAGCUCACUUGUCUCCCAGAGCCAAAGUUGUUCAGCCUUCUCAUUCCCGGACUCUAUCUCGAAUCGGCUCCAAGAUUUCGCCUCCAAGUUCAUCUAAAGACACAAGCACAUCCAGAAUUCCGCUUGCUUCAAAGAGCAUGGUAUUGCCUCAAACUGCAACUCCUUCGGCUGAGUGUAAUUAGAAUAUGAAUAACAAACGUGUAUCACACGUAUUACUCUGCAAUUAUUGGAUAGAAAAAGAUGACAUAUACAUAGUUAAUGUGCUUCUUUAGGCUUCAAAAAUGGACUGAGGGAUGAAAUGCUUUUGCAUGCUUUCAUUGCCUACUAAUAUAUAUAGGUGAGGAGACUCUUUUAAAGGAGAGGUAUCAUCUCAGAUUUGCCCAAAGAGAGUUAUUAUGUUUACACAACUAACACAGUUUGGUC